CACGAGGACGUCGAGGUGAUCUGGAUCGGCUCGGACAGGGAGGCCGGGAAGAACGACGGGGAGCAGCUCCCCGCAGUCCCAUCUUUCCCGCAGCUGGUCGACAGCGAAGUUCCCUCCUGCCCGCAGAUGGUCGACGGCCAGUCCAAGGAGGAGCUUUCCAAGGAGGCGGAGGUGAAGGAGCAGGGUGGCGCCACCAUCUCGCGCAGGGCGAAGGACCUGUGCGGCGCCACCCUGGUGGCCGUCGGCGUGGAGUGCGCCAACAGGGUGUCGGGCCUCCUUGACGCUGACAACGACGGCCAGAUGCAGCAGGUCAUCGAGCAGGCUCCCGAGGCUGCCGCUUUCGUCGGGGUGCCAGCGCAGGAGGCUAACGAGGACGAGAAGUACAAGCAUGAGGACGACUACGACAGGUGCGAGGUGCAGCUGCGGGCGCACCACGAUCUGGAGGCGGCCGUCAAAGUGAAGGCUUCGGCGCUGACGGCCGACGUGGACGACUGCGUGGCGGAGGCUGUGCAGGGCAGCGGCCACUUCGACGAGGUGCCAGACGUGGGUGGCUCCGCCAUGGGGGCCACGCGCGCGGAGCUGAUCGAGCAGAUCCGCGCCAUGCCUAGGCGGGACGGCCUCCUCGACACCUCCAGCACGGAGAAGCUGCACGCCAUCCUGACCUUCCGCAGCCUGCGCCGCGAUAACGCGCACCUUCAGGAGUUGGGGGGGGGCCCGAG